AGCAAUACUCUACUUGGUCACUAAGGUUCUCUACUUUCUUCAUAAUCUGCAUAAUCAGUAACACAUUAAAAGCAAUACUUGGUCACUAAGUUCUCUACUUUCUUCCUAUAACGGGAAAGUAAGUGAGUUGGAACUCACUCACUCUUCUUAAUAGUAGUAAAAAUCGCAAGUUUUCUUUACUCAUUUGUAACGCCAAUAAAAUUCUUGAUUUAUUUAUCUUUCUUGUUUCCAAAUGGAGAAUUUGAGUGGUAAAUAUCAGAGGACUAUAACUUGUCUGUUGAUGUUACCAGAGGAUUGUACGGUUAAGAUCUUUGCCUUUACAAGCCCUCUGGAUGUUUGCCAUCUCUCCCUCGUCUCUAAAUCAGUUCAAUCCAUCGCUGAUUCUGAUUCCGUUUGGGAAAAAUUUCUGCCGUCUGAUUAUCAGUCAAUUAUUGACGCAUCACUGAAUCCCAUUGCCAAUUUUCCUUCAAAGAAGGAUCUCUUUGUUUAUCUGUGCCAUAAUCCUCUCUUAAUUGAUGGAGCCCGCAAGAUUUUCUCACUGGACAAAUGGACGGGAAAGAAAUGCUAUUUUUUAGGUGCAAGGGAUCUUAAUAUUACAUGGGGUGAUAUACCAAAGCAUUGGAAAUGGACUUCACUACCAGAGUCCAGGUUUCGGGAGGUGGCUGAGCUCAUAAGUGUUUGGUUACUUGAAAUUCGUGGCACAAUAAGAGCUGGUGUUCUGUCACCACAAACAUUCUACACAUCUUACCUUGUUUACAAGUUGGAAGAUGAAUAUGGGUUUCAUCAUAAACCCUCAGAGGUUUCAGUUGAAGUUUCUGGGGUUGAAUUCGACAAACGAUUUGUAUUUCUGGUGCCGGAGGGUAGGACAGUUUAUACUCCUCCGCCCUCUGUUGCAGAGGACGAGUCCGAGCAACCAGAUGAUGAUUAUGAGGAAUUAGUGUAUCCUCUGCCCUCUGGUGCAGAGGACGAGCCCGGGCAACCAGAUGAUUAUGCGGAGUCCGUGUAUACUCUUCCCUCUGAUGUAGAGGACGAUCCGGGGCUAGCGGAUGAUGAUUGUGAGGUGUCAGUUUAUAGUCCGUCUUCUGAUGCAGAGGAAGAGCCCGGGCAACCAGAUGAUGAUUAUGAGGAGUCACUGUAUAUUCUGCCCUUUGAUGCAGAGGACGAGCCCAGGCGACCAGAUCAUGAUGGGUGGGGGCAGCUUUUCAUGGCGGUUGCUUAUAAUCAACGUCCCAAACUUAGAAACGAUGGCUGGUUUGAGGUAAAGUUGGGUGAGUUUUAUACUGAAAAUGAAGAUGAUUGCAUAGAGAUGAGUUUGAAAGAGGUGAAAGACUGUGUAUCUCAAAAGGAAGGCCUUAUUGUUGAAGGAAUUGAGAUAAGGCCUUCAAGUACCACAUCUUAAUAUUUUUGCCAUACAGCUACCAUGUGUUCCGAAUAGAACAUGUUUCUUUCUGGAGCACUCUAUUUCAAAUAUGUUUUGGUGCUAUGGUGAAUGUGUUUCUUGUUUAUAAACUCAUACUGGACCUUUUGUUUCAGAUUCAUAAUCAUAUAAGCGGGCAAACCUAGGCUUGCACUUUUCAUUUCAAAAAAAUUGCCAAUUAU